CCAUGUCGUUAUCACGAAUAUACUGAAUAAUUUAUUAGUAAAUAAUUAACAUAGAUAAUCUAUGAUAAUUAAUGAUCACGUCGGUGAUGGACGUCCGAACGCCGUGCGGUGUUUAGGUGAAAGUCAGACGUAAGUACCAAAGAGGCAAAGAGUGUUCUGUUUCGGAGACCGAGACGGUCAACUUCAAUCAACCAUCGGACGACGAUGUGAUACUGGUUACCGGACUGCGUGUCAUUACUUGCGGAAUUCAAAUAUCUUUCGUUCACACGUCGCCUGCGUGUGCACACCAACAGGUUUCAAUUUAAGAGUAUCGUCCCCAGACAUGACCACCAAGCGGAGCACUCGAUCGGGGUCGAUCGAAUCGAAUUACAUACCGACGGGUUUGUCCAUGAGAUCGGAGACCAAAGGCACACUGUUGGUCAGAGAACCGACGACCGUGUCCAACAUAUUCCUGACGGUGUUGUUGUUCGCAUGCAGAAAAUAUCUGUUUUUCUCGACGCACAAACGGCUGUUCGUGUAUUUGAUCUUGCUGGUCGCUUCGGUGGUCGGCGACUUCAUCAAGUUCCCAAAAAUCUACUUCGCCAACAGCAACACGUUUCUCAACCAGUACUUGGUCAAGUUGGGUUGGUUCUGGACAGUGCUGUGGACGCUUUCGUUUCUGGUGACCACCAGCAAGGUAUUUUGCCUCAACUCGCGACCCAGCAUUACCGUGCACGCUACUCGUAUAGUUGUUGCCACGUUUUUCUGGUACUUUUGGACAAACGCCUUCAAUCAGCUUGAAGAUUAUUAUGGCAAGUGUUCGGGGGGCAAAGGACUGGUCCGAUCAGCGUGCAAGUCUGCUGGCUAUCUAUGGAAAUCGUUCGACAUAUCCGGUCAUGUUUUCAUACUCAUUUAUAGUACGUUGGUGAUGAUAAGUGAAGCAAGACCAAUCAUCGGCUGGGAUAAAAUCCAAGACGUGUUGAGAAAUGAAGAGAACGCGCGCAAAGAAGGGAAAAGUGUGGCUACCACAUUUAGCAAUCUGAAAGAAGAAGAAUUGCAAGAGAUGAAAACUGUCUACAAGCAGAUGACACCUUAUGUACAAGUUUUAUUCAUUGUAAUCACAAUUUUUGUUGCUGUUUGGGAGUUAAUGCUUAUCACAACGAUGAUGUAUUUCCACACAAUGCCCGAAAAACUAUUGGCGGGCAUAGUGGCAAUGUCGACGUGGUUUGUAACAUACAGGGUCUGGUACUGCUCGUCAUUUUUGCCUCCUCUACCUGGUGACGGAUUCUUUAAAUAUCAAGCACUUCAAAAGAGUGAAAUAGGUAUUUAGCUAUUAGUUCAAUGUCAUGACAAUAUAUUGGUGUUUUGUAUUUUUUUUUCAAUAACAAAAUCUGUAUGUUUAUAUAUAUAUAUAUAUGUAUAUAUGGGUAAUGUACUAUUUUAUAUUUAUAUGUGCAAUGGUGUGGUGAAGGAAUAAUUGACAGUCAGCUACCUCGUGAGUUUUUUUUAUAGGGAUGGCGGGUGGGUAAUGGCCAAUGAAUAAUAAUAAACUAGUAUUUACCACAAUAGGUAGCUAAAAAAGUGCUCUUAAAUUUUAAGUGAGUCGUUUGUUGGAAUAUUUUAAUAAAGCAUUUGGAAAAUCUGAAGGUCACCAUGCCAUUAUGUAUGUGUUCAUUUUGAAUAACAAUUUUUACUAGUUUUAUUGUUAUUAAAAUACAUUUUUUUUUUUUGUUUUCAAUAUAUUAAUAUAUAUUUAUUGAUUGUUUUUA